AUGGUGUUGGAUGAUGUGGAGGGAGGAGGCGCCCCGCCGCCGCGCCGCCGAGGAGCGUCGGGCUACCACGGCGUCCGCCAGCGCCCCAACGGCGGGUUCUACUCCGAGAUACGGUUCGGCCAACUCCGGCUCGGCCUCGGCACCUUCGAGACGGUGCACGAGGCCGCCCGCGCGUACGACGCGGCGGCGUGGCGCCUAGGCAGGCCGCGCCAGCAGAUGAACUUCCACGACGUCCACACGCUGCAGCAGGCGCUGGACGUCGUCCCGCCGCCUCGUCUUUGCACGGCACAAGACCGUGCGUAUCACGCUGAGCGGCAGAACCGCCUCCUCGUCGCCCAUGAGGACGAGCGGAUCAUGGCGGAGUGGCGCCAGCAACACCCGGAGGACGUCACCUACGAGCAAGCCUACUGGGCAAGGCGCCGCGAGGAGGAGACGCAAAGGCGCCGCGCUGAGCGGUUGGACAGGCGUCGGCGGAAGGCCCUGGCGCUGUCCCAGUGCGAAGUCGUUGAGAAUGGUGGUGAGACGAUCUUUGCGUCUGAUGAUGAUCAUUGGAAAGACAUGUGGCUCGAUACCUCGGAUCAGACCAGCGAGGAUGGCGACGAUGACGAUGACGACUGGGAGUAG